AUGAAGGAUGUGUUUUUCUCCCAUCAUAUAGCAAAAGGGAUUGGCUUCCUCUUGAUGAGCUCUGUCUUCAUGGAGAGCUGCAGUGCAAAAAUUCUAGAGAAGACAUUUGACCAGUGGUUGAGAUAUAAAGAUGAAUGUUUGAAGAAGAUGGCAAAUGAUCCUUACCCUUCAGGGCUCUUUUGCAACCGGACAUUUGAUAUGUAUGCAUGCUGGCCAGAUGGGAGCCCAGGAGCUAUCGUCAACGUAUCUUGCCCUUUCUAUCUACCCUGGUAUGAGAAAGUUAAACAUGGGUUUGUGAGCCGCAGAUGUGGGCUUGAUGGGAAUUGGGUGCUGCUGAACGGGACGGCUUUCUGGUGGGACCAUGCCCAAUGUGUCGAGGAGACAGAAGCCACCACCAAAGAGGAAGCAGCUUACCGCCUCAUGGUCAGUUUCAAAGUCCUCUACACCGUGGGCUACUCCCUGUCACUGCUGGCACUGAUCUUGGCUCUACUCAUCCUGACUGUCUUCAGGAGACUUCGCUGCACUCGGAAUUAUAUUCACGCUAAUCUUUUUGCCUCCUUUGGACUACGGGCUAUCUCGGUGAUCGUGAAGGAUGCAUUGCUGGAGAAGAUGUGGGGAAGGGAGAUCUUCCAGAUGUCUGAUUGGGAAGCCUUAUUGAGUCACGAGGCUGCAAUUGGUUGCCGGGUGGCUCAGGUCAUGAUGCAGUACUGCAUCCUAGCCAAUCACUAUUGGUUUCUGGUGGAGGCUGUCUACCUGUACAAACUUCUGAUUGGAGCCGUGUUUUCAGAGAAGAAUUACUACACGCUGUAUCUCUACCUUGGCUGGGGGACCCCCGUGGCUUUUGUGGUACCAUGGAUAGCUGCCAAAUACCUGAAGGAAAAUGCAGAGUGCUGGGGGGUUAAUGAGAACAUGGCUUACUGGUGGAUUAUUCGUAUCCCUAUUCUGCUAGCAUCUGUGAUUAAUCUGUUGAUUUUCAUGCAAAUUCUCAAAGUGAUCUUGGCUAAGUUACGGGCUAGUCAGAAGGACUAUGCAGAUUACAAGCUGCGGUUAGCCAAAGCCACCCUCACCCUCAUCCCUCUGUUUGGGAUUCAUGAAGUGGUCUUCAUCUUUGCUACAGAUGAACAAACCACAGGAAUCUUGCGCUACAUCAAAGUUUUCUUCACAAUUUUCCUCAACUCCUUCCAGGGAUUCCUGGUUGCUGUACUCUACUGCUUUGCCAAUAAAGAAGUGAAAUCUGAAAUAAAGAAGAAAUGGCAACUGUGGAAACUGGACCAUCCAGCCCUCUGCUGCACUCAGUGAAUGAAAUAAGGUGGAAUCUUGUAUGUCAUUGCAAGAAUGUGCAGAAGUUGCCAGAUGGGCCUUGGAACUGCUCAGAUUGGAUUGCUGCUGCUAUUUAAGGCAGCUAAGUCCUGCUCUGGAAUGACCCUCCUUGAUGGUUUGCUAUCUUCACUGUCUUGAGGCCAGACAAAGGGGGAAAUGCUUAUUGUGACACUGCAAAUACUGAAUCCAGUAUUGGCAGGAUGAUGCCGACGUUCUGAAGAAUAUGAUGGGAAACCAUCUGGAACAAACUGCAAAAGAAACAUUGAAGCUUUUCACAGUGUUGCAUGCAUAGAUCAUGGACCCUAAUCAGCUCAGGAUUCAACUUUUAUAGGUCAAAGCAGGACUGACAUUCAUGAUAGGUAAUGGCCUUAAUGCUCUUCAGGGCUUGACUGCACUGUUGAGUGGUGCUCUUAUGCCUUUCAUGUAGCCAGAUGUGGAGGCCCAAACAGGUGAAAGCUCUUUCACUUCUGAACGUCUGGGAGAAAAGGGGAGGAAUUAGAAAGGCUGUUCAUCAACUGAUGUAGGGCUCCCCACUCAAGCAAUGGCCAACUGACUACUCACCUAGCUCUAUCCUGGGACCUUCCCUAACAUCCAUACCAAGGUUCAGUACAGAUAUCAUGUAACAUGUAACUUGAAAAUAGUUAAGGACUUGGUGUGAUUCAGAGGCUCAAUGUUUGUCUCCAUCUGUGUUUUGUGUUUGUUUGUUUUUUGUAUACAUAACUAGAAUCAGGGUUGCUGGAAGAAGCACAAUUAACCUUGGAGAAAUGGCAUGCACAAAGGUUUAGUGUUGCAAAUUCCCCAUCUCCUAUUAAAAAAGGACACUGGUCUGUCUUGGACAACCAUGGUGUCCCAAAAUGUCCAAAAGAGGAUGAAAUUGGACAGUUUUAAAUUGCUGGUUUAAAAUUGAUACUAUUUUAAACCAGCAUAGUAAGAAAGUACCAAACUCACCAUUCCCCAUGAAGGAAGAAAGGCAAC